AUGGGUUCUUUAGUACAACUACUGGCUUCUGAUAAACUUACUAGGGAUAACUAUGUUAUGUGGAAAUCAAACUUAAAUACAAUACUGGUGAUAGAUGACCUAUGGUUCAUUUUAACAAAGGAGUAUCCUCUCGUUCCUGGCUCAAAUGCAAACCUAAAUGUUCGGAAUGCAUACGAAAGAUGGAUCAGGGCUAACGAGAAAGCCCGUGCCUAUAUCAUUGCCAACAUAUCUGAUGUAUUGGCUAAGAAAAAUGAGAGCAUGAAUACUACCAAAGAGAUUAUGGAAUCUUUGCAUGGUUUGGACAACCUUCCUUCUCCCUAA